AUGACACUGAUGUGGAUUACAGUGAUGCUUUUUAAUAAAAUUGAUUCUGCACAGACAAAUGAUAUCAGUCAGCCGAACCCAAUGAUCUCUGCUGAUGUUGGUGAUAAUGUGACUCUGCACUGCUUUAGGCUGGGAGAAGAUAACUCUGGUUCCAUCGUUUGGUACAAGCAAAAAUUCGGACACGAGCCUUGUGUAAUGGUCUCAGUUCAACAUCAACCCAGUUAUGAAAAUGAGUUCAAGCCACCAAAAUUCAGCAUCGAAGAAGAAAAAAGGAACUACCAUUUAAAAAUUUCAAAUGUGGAACCAUCAGAUGAAGCCAUGUAUUACUGUGGAUAUAGAAAAUUUUUAACGAGGUUUGGAAAUGGAACAUUUUUAUCAGUCAAAGGUGAUGGCGAUAUAAAAGUGUCAGUAUUACAGAGCAGCGUGUUGAACUCGGUUCCUGCAGGAGCGUCAGUGACUCUGCAGUGCUCGGUUCUCUCUGAGAGCAGAGCAGCACAUCUCCAAGUGCUCUGGUUCAGAGCUGCUCCAUCACAAUCCCAUCCACAAAUCAUUUACACUCAUCACAACAGCAGCCAUCAGUGUGAGAGCAGCUCUUCUACACACACCUGUGUGUACAGCUUCUCCAAGAACAUCCUCAGCCUCAGUGAUACUGGCACUUACUACUGCGCUGUGGCCGUGUGUGGGAAGAUCAUUUUUGGGAACGGGACAAGAAUAAAACUGGAAGAAUCUGUGGAUCCUGUAGUGAUCUUUCUCGCUGUAGCUUUGGGACUGUGUCUGGUUGUGAUCUGUGCUCAUGUUGUAAGCUGUAAAGGGAGAAGCUGUGAAUAUUGCAGUGGGAGAUCUCAAGAUUCCAUGGUAAAGAAAAUACCAAAUCAGUGCCGUGAUGCUGUAGAGCUGAAUUUUGCUGCCUCACACGUCUAUAAAAAAAGAGGAAAGAGAGAACGAGCUCAUGAUAAUGUUUAUACUGAAGUGAUGUACUCUCCUCUUUCUUAGAUAAUAGAUGUCAUUGAUUUUCUCAUGUUUAUUACUCUCAUGUUCAUAACGUUCAGCCUGAUAGGAAAUCAUUAACAGGUGAAUGAAUGAAUGAAUGAAUGAAUGAAUAAAUAAAUAAAUAAAUGUAUUUGAGGUUGAGUUCUCCCAACUGUUAUGAGAGUUUUUUUUUUUCUUUUUUUUCUGUGGUUUUAAAAACUGUGAUUUUUUUCUGUCACAGUUACAGAGUACCAGGUGAAAAAACGCCACUGCCUGUAUGUGUAUUUGUUUUAGUGUUUUUUGUUUUUGUUUUUUUUUGCAUUGGAUUAGAACACAUUAUCUGUUCUGUCUGAAUGAUAUUUUCAUACUUGCGUUGUGUCAACGCCGUCGGACUACAAGCAUGGCUGCCACUGACUAUAAUUCCCAACAUGCAUUCAUUGUCCCACUCAAGCUUACCUGAUUACUGAUCUAGCACACCUGGACUCUCUCUCACACACACUAUAUUAGAACAUACAAAACACUCACUCAACAUGAAGUAUCGCUCAGUGUUGGCCCUUUCACCUGACAUACCAAGCCUUGAGUUCCCAUGCAAGUUUAUCUGCUAAAUGAUCCUGUUUUUCUAUGCUGGUUUUUCAAUGACACUCUGUUUACAGCGCCUGACCUUCUGCCAGUUUCUGACCAUGAUAUUGUUCAUGAUUUGCAAC